GCCGGCACGCGAAAGCGGUUCGGACCGAGAUCCUUGACCACGUAAACCCAAUGUGUUUUCCAAGUUACCAUCUGUUAUAUUACCGUCUCGUCACCGUCGCUUGCGAUGGCAAUCAUUGCCUCUUCGUCGUCUUCUCAUCCAACUUCCCCAACGCUCAGCGAACUCAAGCAAUUAAAAAAUCGAAUUAUUGGAACCCCUUCAGCAAAACAUCGACUCGCAAAAGACCAUGCAAUGAUGAGGAUGCUUGUUGAGACUACGAUGGAUGUAAUGGCUGCAGACGACGUGCGGACAGAAGCGGCUCAAAUUCUGGGGUCACUUGCAUCUCUUGGAGGACACACAGCUGAUGCGACAGUAUUGGCCGCGUUGAUCGAAGAAGAUGCAUUGAGGUGCUGUUUGUCUGCAUUGUCAACCACGAUAACUACACAAGUGAAAUUGAGGGUGGCACUGGCCCGUGCAUUGAGCGGGAUAUCUGGUGACUUGGCCGAACUUGUAGGGCCUCCGCAAUGGGGUUUUGGUACACUUGAAGCGCAAUCGCUCACUGGAGCAGCAGUACAGACACUGGAAUGGUUCUUUGGCUCAGAAGCAAUGGACAUCUGGAUCCCAAUGCUGUCUGGUGUGGAGGCAGGUGUUGUUGCCGGCAUGAUUGGAAAUGUGGUCCGGACGCAGCCAGUGAGAGAACGACUUUGUGCUUGGCGGAACGCUGGUGAAAGGGAGAAGAAGGAGCGGCGAGGUUGGGAGGCAACGAGACCAUCCGCAUCUAGCGGUCAUGUCCUUCGCAUCCUCCUAGAGCUUACUGGUAGGAAGGAGACGCUUGGAAAUGCAUUGUUUGCUCUGGCUGCCCUGGCAAAGGAUAAUCCUGCAGUAGCGAACGAGCUGCCUCUGCAGGAUAUCGUCAAUCACGCGAAAUCCUGUGUUGGCGAGAUUCAGCUGUCUGCGUGUCUCUGUGCGACCUACAUUCUUAGAACGUCGUCGAGCCCGUCACCAGCAGUUGAUGCAAUUCUAAGCGUCCUUAUGGCCAUUAUUGUAAACGGAACAACUCACUCAGCCAAAGCUGCCUUCAUUCUAUCUCAACUUUUGACAGAUUCUCCAGUGUAUGCCCAACUUGCUUUCGACCGCGGAGCUUUGCGCAUCCUGCUUACUACUUUGCGGAGGCUGACCCCCCCGUGUACAUCCCUUCCACCGCUUCCUCCCUUAAAUCCCCCUACAUCUGCAUUGUUCGCAGGUCCUGAAUGGGAAUCGUGGCUCGAACACGACCUUGAUCAGCCCAAAGCUGAUAUUCGUCUGCGAGAAGCAACUCUAUUGUCUUUGGCUAGUAUAUCUCUGUUCUCAAAUGAUAUUCGAAGAGCACUGGCCGAGGACGAGGACGAAACCCAAUCAAUUGAUAGUAAUGAUACGUCUCAGCUCCAUAGCUCUCCUUCCUCUUCACACCAAUCUCAAUCGUCUCUCUCACUCAUUCUUGCUGCCCUUCUGUCCCCACAUACAUCUCUGCGAUGUGCCGCCUGCCAUGUUGUUCGUGCUCUGACCCGCAGCGUUGCCGUAAUUCGCACGAACUUUGUCGACUCUGGCUUGGGCUGGAUCGUUUUCGCCGCUUUCAUGGGUUGGCCGCAGGCUCGCCCUAGGACGGCUUUAGGUACAAGCGGUUCGGAAGAGGAGGAUAUCCGUGUUGUAGCCUCUGCUCUUCGCGCGGUCUGUAAUGCUGUUUGUGAAUUCAGUCCACUCAAAUCAAUCUACAUUGAGCAUGGGUUGCUCCCUAGGCUGGCUGAAUUCAUACACUCUGAUCAUCUGGAUGCAGACUUUGAUUAUCCUGACGCCGAAUCUGAUGUUGAUACAGAGGAUAGUCUUCGGUUCAAUUCACUUUGGGCGGUAAAGAAUCUUGUCAGGAAAUCAGGGCCCGCCACUAAGCGGCAAGUAAUCAGUGUUCUAGGCUGGCAUCGGCAAAAAUCUACUGCAUAUCCUGAGACAGCGUCGAAAAGGAGCAAGCUUGACGAUCUUUUGAGUUCACAUUCGGCAAAGAUUCUCGAACAAGUCCUCAACAUUCUUCGCAAUCUAGCCGAGGACGAAGACGGGAUUUCCAUUGUUUUUAAUGAGCUGGAUAUUCGGAAUCCGUUCAAUUUUCCUACAUCACCUUCACCAACAUCAUCUACGGGCUUUCUCCUUCUUUCCCGCCUUACCUCAAUCCUCAAUCAAACUUCCUCCCCCUCUCACUCAUCUCAUCCCGGUUCUCUAUCGCAUUCUCCCUACUCUUCAUCCCAGGAUGUUCUUAUUCAAUCCACAUCCUUGCUUGCAAAUCUCGUCAACUCUUCAGACGUUAACCAUCAUCGUAUGAUUCUUACCUGUCCUGGGAUGGCGCAUGCCUUACGCCGAGUACUAGCCGAACAAGGGCCAGAAGUCAGGAGACCAGUAAUUAGAAUUGUACUAGAGAUGGUAAAGGUUGACUUGAGUGCUUCGGUGACAAGUGCAGCCGCCAUCGCGGAAGAGCUUGGUCCUCUCAAAGAUGGGGAAGAAUCAGGAACAAAUACAAGUGCAAUUCAAGAGGGAAAUGACGAGGAAGCCAGCGGCGCAGAUACCAUGGAAAUUGGAUACGGGACAACUCCUUUCGGUUCGAGUGUAAUAACAGAUAUUUCAUUAAACCCAUCCUCGGCCGGAGCAGGGCGAACGCGUGGUCACAGUCGCAACCAAGGUCUCACAGGCGCACGUAAAAUUCUAAGUGACGCCGGUUUCGUUGGUACUCUACGUCGAAUAGUUGAUCAGCAUCAUUAUCAUCCUUCAUUGACGCAUCCUCAUUCACACGGACAUCCUCCUCAUCCUCAUGCGUCUGUUGCUGCUGCGUCCAGCGGGCUUGGACACACUGGUUCUGGAAUCGGGGCUCAUAGUCACCCUCAUGCCCAUGCCCACGGAAACUUCGGUUUAUCCUCCCCCAAUUCCGUCUUGUUGGAUAGUCCUGGUAUAGGCGCAGGCGCUCGUGCAGGUGGGGUGAGUGUCGGGAGUCUGAUUGUAGGAAAUGGUAUUGUUGGUAACGCCGGAAGAGAGGAUCGUGAAGAUCUGGAGACAGCGCGAACAGCGCUGGAUUGGCUGGAGCGUGGGGAUAUGUAUAUGUAUGUGAAUUCAUAUGCAAGGAGCACUAGUCGUAGUGGCGGCGGUACAGGAAGCAGUGUUAGUACUGGGGAUAGUGCUGAUGUGUCUGAUCAUUGACUUGGCAUCAAAAGAAAUUCUGAGCGGUUGGCGUUGAAUUGAAAAGAGCAUGGACUCAGGAUUGUGGCAAAUAAUUAUUUGUACAAAUGACAUUUGAUUUCCAAGUAUUUUUUGUACACAUUAUGUAUCCAAAUGCAAACAUUGACUGUCCCCCUCCAGGGAGAUCCA